GAAAAGAGAAAAAAGGGUGUAGAGAAAAAGGUGUAAAAAAAAAACACAAAAACAAAAAGAGAAAGGAAAAGAGACAGAAAGAGCUAAAAAAGAGUAUGGCAACAAUGGAAAUGGUUAAAGUUAGGUUUUUUAUUUUAGUUUUUGUUGGAAUCAUUUUGACAAUUGAGGCGAAUAUAGCUGAAUAUGACGAGGUCUGGCAGAAGCGCGCUGAGGAAGCGAAUGAGACAGCUCGCCAGGCCUACCACCCCAAUCCUGAGGAAGUUAUGAAUCAUAUGAACCACCAUGUCCACAAUGCAACAGAAGGUGACAAUAGCACAAGAAGGGAUCUACACAAGUACCUUGGCUCAUGCAUGGCUACCAACCCCAUAGACCAGUGCUGGAGGUGCCAAAAGGACUGGGAAAAAAACCGGAUGAAGCUCGCCGACUGCGCCCUAGGGUUCGGCAGCCAAACCACGGGAGGGAAGGGCGGCAAGAUGUACACAGUCACCGAUCCCUCCGACAGCGACAUGGUAAACCCUAAACCGGGCACCUUGCGUCAUGCAGUGAUUCAAAAUGGACCAUUGUGGAUCAUAUUCGCGCGAAACAUGGUGAUCCGGCUCAGUGAGGAGCUAAUCAUGACGAGCGACAAGACAAUCGAUGCACGUGGAGCCAAUGUGCAGAUCGCAGGUGGAGCGGGGAUAACGAUACAGUUUGUGAAGAACGUAAUCGUGCAUGGGCUUCGGAUUCACGACAUAAAGGCGGGCAAUGGAGGGAUGAUCAGAGACUCGUUGAAUCACUUCGGAUUACGAACGAAAAGCGACGGGGACGGAGUGUCGAUAUUUGGAUCGUCGCAUGUUUGGGUGGAUCAUCUGUCCAUGUCCAACUGUGCUGAUGGUCUUGUUGAUGCUGUUCAAGGUUCCACUGCUAUCACCAUCUCCAACUGCCACUUCACUCACCACAACGAGGUGAUGUUAUUUGGCGCGAGUGACAGUUUCUCAGGGGACUCAGUAAUGCAAAUAACGGUUGCUUUCAACCACUUUGGGCAAGGAUUGGUGCAGAGGAUGCCUAGGGCUCGGUGGGGUUUCAUCCACGCCGUUAACAACGAUUACACUCACUGGCUCAUGUAUGCCAUCGGCGGUAGCCAACAUCCUACUAUUAUUAGUCAGGGUAACCGCUUCAUCGCUCCUCAGAACCCUUUCGCAAAAGAAGUGACUAAAAGAGACUACGCGCCGCAGAGUGUGUGGAAGAACUGGUUGUGGAGAUCAGAGGGAGAUGUUAUGAUGGAUGGAGCAUUUUUCACUCAAUCUGGAAACCCUAAUCAGCAUUACCCCACGAAAGAUUUGAUCCCUCCCAAGCCUGGAUCAUAUGUGUCUACACUCACACAAUUUUCUGGUUCUCUCAACUGUGUACCAAAUAGUCCAUGUUGAUUAUAUAUCUACAUAUAUAUUAUUUUAUAUAUAUACAUGUGUGAAUUCAAAAAAAAGAAAUAGA